AUGGACCUCGAAAAGGGCUUCCCGUCUUCAAGCCUACCCCUGCCGACUCGACUCCGGCUCUGGUUGACAUCCGACAUCGAUACGCGGUGGGCGGACACGAUCCUUCUGGCAUGUUUCUUCGUGACGGGAAUGGUGGACUCUGUGGCGUUUAAUACUUGGAGCUGUUUUGUGGGCAUGCAAACUGGAAAUACCAUCUUCGCCGGCCUCGGCGUAAGUGAUCUCCCAGGCAACGUGCCCAGGCACACUUGGACAAAGUCAUUGGUCGCCAUCCUCUCCUUCUGCCUGGGCGCGCUCUGCUUCUCGCGGUGGCAUCGAUACCUCAGCCCCCUGAAGCGAUGGGUCAUUGCGUCUUCCUUCUUCGUCCAGACCGCCUUGAUGAUCUUGACCGCGGCCCUGAUUUCCGGAGGCGUGGUGUCCAAGAACCAGGAGACGACGGAGAGUGGUGGUGGCGGCCGGGGCACUUUCCCCUGGCGCGAGCUGUGCCCCAUCGCCCUGCUGGCCUUUCAGAGCGCGGGUCAAAUCGUGGCGAGCAGGGUGCUCAAGUACAACGCCCUGCCGACCGUGGUGUUGACGAGCCUGUUUUGCGACUUGAUGGGGGACCCGGGCCUGUUCACCGCGGGAUUACUGGAGGAUCCGGACCGGAACAGACGGGCACUGGGGGCGGUGUUGUUGUUCGCAGGCGCCGCCGUCUCUGGUGCCCUGAUCAAGACUUCGGUCGGAUACGAUGGGGCAUUGUGGGUCGCGACGGGCGUAAAGUGCGCCAUGGUGUUGGCUUGGCUGGUUUGGCGUCCUAAAAGGCAGCAGGAGCAGAAAUGA